AUGUCUGUUGAUAAUAUACCAUACAUCCUACAAAGAAAGUGUAAAGAUAGAAAUGGAAUAAGAAUCACCAAGGAGUAUCUUCAGUCCUUUUGGUCUCAAGGUCAGCGUCGUCCAGCACCAGAUACAGAAGAGGCUUACAACCAACUUGUUCAAGACUUUUUAAAUAAGGAUAUCGCACUCACCUCAGAACCUGUUAUUCCAGAAAACUUUGGUCAGAAUUCAAUAGAAACAUUUCCACAGGGUCAUUUAAGACAUGGUGGAGGCGUAGUUUUACAGAUCCAAGACACGAUUGACAUUCGCUAUUCGACCCUGUCAUUAUUGAAUAACUUGACAAACGCUACACCUGUUCGGCAGAUCUAUAUAGAGAGAAAUAAAGACGAUGAGGUAGACUUUCAGAGAGGUAUGUUGCGCUGGACACUAUCGGACGGGAAAAAUCAAAUCCAGGCUAUGGAAAUGGAAACCAUACCUGAGUUAUCCCUGACAACGCCAUUUGGUUGCAAG